AGUUUCUCGCUCCUCAUCCCCAGCCAUGGCUGCUCUGUCCGGCGCGGCAGCCCCCCGGCUGCUCCUCAUUCCUGGCAAGCCGGCCGAGUCCCCCGCGGCCGGCCGGCAUCUUUCUGUUGUCCUGCCAGCAGGAGCCACCGCUGCGGGUCUGGAGGCCCCGCCGCCGGCCCGCAAGCGUCAGCGGCUGACCCACUUGAGCCCGGAGGAGAAGGCAUUGCGCAGGAAGCUGAAGAAUCGCGUGGCGGCGCAGAGCGCUCGGGACAGGAAGAAGGCGCGGAUGGCGGAGCUGGAGCAGCAGGUCGGGGAGCUGGAGCAGGAGAACCAGAAGCUGUUGCUGGAAAACCGACUCCUGCGCGAGAAGACGUGUAGCCUGGCGCUGGAGAACCGGGAGCUGCGCUGCCGCCUGGGUUUGGAUGCUCUAAAGGCAGAGGAGGAGGGAGAGUCCGAGGUUGUGAAGGAAUCACAGGUGGAUGAGAUUAGAUUGGUGACCGGGUCCGCUGAGUCCGCAGCACUCAGACUACGUGUUCCUCUGCAGCAGGUGCAGGCCCAGCAGUCACCAUUUCUGAUAAUUUCCACAUGGAUUCUGGUGGCAGUGACUCUUCAGACUCGGAGUCUGAUCUCCUAUUGGGCUUUCUGGACAGUCUGGACCCAGAGAUGUUUCUUAAAUACGCUGAUUCAGAGUCAACGUGCCUGGAAAAGCUGGAGGAAGAGAUCUGUGGAGAAACAAGUUCCAUACCAGCCCCCCCCUCUCCCUCUUUGGGGUCCCCAUCAGCUAAGCUGGAGGCCAUUAAUGAACUCAUAAGGUUUGAUCAUGUGUACACCAAGCCCCUGAUACUGGAGAUUCCUGUUAAAAUGGGCAACCAAACCAAUAUGCUAGUGAAAAUUGAGGAAGUAUCUCUCUCUCCAUCUGAAGACAAAGUUAUCCCCAGGGUGCCA